AUGGCCUCGGAAGUCCAACCCCGCUUCCAGCAACUCUUCACCGAGCUCGAGAACCACUUCAAGGCGACAAACCUCGGCAGUGACAAGUGGUAUAUUCUCGCGAUCUCCACCAUUGCCGCAUCCCCAGACCCGCAGCGCGCAGACCAGCUGUACCUGCACCUCACCAAGCAACCUGAAUACGCGACUCCUGCAGCGCGGCAAGCACUGGUCCGACGUCUCCGCGAAGCACUUGUCAAGUCCGUACCUAUUGUAGGAGUAUGCAAGCCAAUUGAAGCUAUUCUGGCGAUUAGCGAGGUCGAGCGUGACGAGGACAAAGAUUAUUCUUUCACGCGCGAGGGAUGGCAAUGCGACCAGGCCAACCAUGAGCGCGGCACCGGAUGGCUCCAGAAGUUGUACUCUCGUAAUACGACUGGUACGCUUGAUUUAUUCAGUGCACACAAAGACUUCUCAUGGCUAUCGAAGGAGAUUACUUAUGGGCUGUUCCUGUCGGAUCGCCAGGUGCUCGGGGAUCUUGAUACCCAGUUGGUUGUCUUGCCCGGGAUUAUGAGCCAGAACUUGCCCAAGGAGACGCACUGGCAUAUUCGUGGAACCAGACGUAUUGGGGUUUCUAAAGAGGAGACGCAAGUCAUCUGGGAUUGUGUGCAGCUUGUCGCUAAAUUCUUCGAGGUGAAGCUUCACAAGGUGCCGACUGUCGAGGAGGUUGAAUAUGAUGUUUAG